ACGCAAUCCAUUGAGACGCCAUGGAUUGCACAGCAGCGCCACAGGUCAUUGAGCACCUGAAGGAACCGCUGAACUUCACACCCUUCGAUACCAGAUGGGUGCCACAAAGCGCCCGCUUCGUGGUUCUGGGACAAUAUCCACGGGCCACGGGAUGCAUUCGCGUUUGUCAACUGAACAAGGGCAAAUGCGAGAAGUUGGCCGAGACUGAGCAACCGAAAGGCUUCAAAUGUGGAACCUUUGGAGCCUCCUCCAUUGAGGAUCGACAUCUGGCCACUGGCGACUACGUGGGGGGUUUGGCGAUCUGGGACUUGGAGAACAUGAAGAAACCCAUUUGGAGUGUGAAGGGUCAUGACCUCAUUGUCAAUGCCAUCGAUGGCUGUGGAGGCCUGGGCGUUGGCAGCGGUGCUCCCGAGCUCGUCACUGGUAGCAGAGAUGGCACUGUCCGGGUCUGGGACCCGCGCACAGAGGAUCCGGUGUUGUCACUGGAGCCGGUCGAGGGCGAGACCCCAGCGGAUUGUUGGACCGUGGCCUUUGGGAACUCCUACAACGACGCGGAGCGCUGCAUUGCGGCAGGAUACGACAAUGGGGAUGUGAAGAUUUUUGAUUUGCGGACCAAUACCUUGAGAUGGGACACCAACGUUCGCAAUGGAGUCUGCCACCUGCAGUUUGAUCGAAAGGACAUCCGGAUGAACAAGUUGGGAGUGUCAACCCUGGAGUCAACUCUGGUGGUCUACGACCUGCGAACGUAUCAUCCGACCGAGGGAUUUGCGGGUAGGAAGGAGAAGGUGACCAAGAGUACUCUGUGGGGAGCACACUUCCUUCCUCAGAAUCGUGAAGUCUUUGCUUCCUGUGGUGGCAAUGGUACCAUCACUCUUUUCAAGUACUCCUACCCAGAAGAAAGGUCGAUCAAGGACAAGGAAGGCAUUGAGCGCGGUGUCGCCGGCACCGUGGAGAUGUUAAACCAAAAGGAACUCUCAACACAGCCGGUGAUCUCAUUCGACUGGCACAUGAACAAGACAGGCCUCUGUGUCUUUGCAUGUCUUGAUCAGACCUGCCGUGUGGCCAUUUGCACCAAGCUUCAUCUGUACUGAGAGGAUCAGCUGCGCUCAGAAUCUGCAAAAUUUCGAACUUCC